CAAGCUUUUAAGCUUCCUAACUUUCCAUCCAUUCCAACGUGAAUGCUCCUUCGUCAUCCAUCGGCUAUCAACCUAACUGCAUAGUACCUAGUACAUACAUGUAGCAGCUACCAGACACUAAUUGUGAAUCUUCAACUUCAACGUUAACCGUUGAGCAUUUAAACUUCUUCCCAUCUUGUACUUAUGCAUCCAUCUAGAUCAGUAAUCAGGAUCUCGUCAACAUGAGCCGCACUCUAGAACCCACACUCCUCUCCCUCUUACCGACUUAUUCCAAGGACCUACCUCCACCUCUCCUCGAGCUCGCAUCCUCCUUGCUUACCCAGUCUCGCCAUACCGCCGGCACGCUCAAGGCUGAAGAGGAAGUUGCUCGUGCAUAUGCCUGCGCCCAUAUUGCCUGCGAACGUCUAAAGAUAAAACUCGACCUCCCCCCCAUACAGUCACGACCCCCCGUGCCACCGCGAAUCUAUAAGAGAUUAUAUACACAUCUCGACAAAGUCUUGCCCGCGAAUACUGUGGGGAGAUCGGGAAGCGGGAGAACUACAAGGCCAAAGGUACGCGACUCGGGUAUACUUGGCAGCGGUGAACGGACUCACUCCAGGGCGGCGCCCACCAAAGAGGAAUCCUUGGCCAAGUUCAGGUCUCCUGCGGCGACCAAGGGACAGAACACCCCGAAUAGGUCGGCAGGUAAGCCACCGUCGCUCCCCGCUAAGAAGAAUGCGGGAGGGUCCAUCAGCACAUUGCCCGCCUGGGUUCGUCCCACCAUUCAGUUCAUGUGUAAAGAGCUGGAAGAAGAGCGGAUCGGAAGAACUGUUUUAGCUGGAAUGCAAACCAUCGCAACUCCGCAUGGAAAGCGAACGAAGGAUGAAUGGGUCAAUGAUAACUUGACUUCCUUGCUCGCUGCCAUCUACUUCCUCAUAUCCUCAAAGUUAUAUGUGCUCGAGAAGGGGAAGGAGUUGGACAACCCACAAUACAUAAAGAUGCGGAAAGCUAUCCUGAAAGCUCUGAGUCAAGCCCAAGAUAAUGUCAACAUAGUAGGGAUGGACGAAGAUGAGCUUUGGAUUGGCUGGGCCGAUAUGAGGUCGAAAGACCUGGAUGGUGCCGUUGCCAAGAUAGUUGAGAAUAAAUGGCAAAGAGAGGAAUGGUUUGCAGGCAUCGAGAACUUGGUUAAACCAAGUGACGUGACAGUACAUGAUGGGGACAUUGAGAUGGAAGAUGGCGAUGGGAGGCCAUUCAGCGAGAAACUCCACCUAAAAAGAGGUGACACCAUGCUACAGAACAGGUGGAAUAUGACGGAUGAAAAGAGGGAGGAAUAUAACGCGUGGAAAACCAACGUACUACUUCGGAUCGAAGAAAUCGAAAGAUCUCCGGGGACCGAUAUGGAAGUGGACACCGCUACCUGAGGUAUCAUAUAAGGCUAAGGAAGCUAUAAAGCUCCGGGUUCUCGACAUCAGGCACGUGUACAAAGGGUGUCGAAAUGGUAUGCCUGCGACUUUUACCUAGUACUGGGACCAUGAGAGGGUAGAUACCUUGGGCAUGUGACAUACCUUGGGCGUCUGUAAGGGAGA